GCGGCGGCGGCCGCGCGCGGACCCGACGAGGAGGGGAAAGCCGGUCGCCGCGGUGGCGGAACGGGCGGAGGCUGCCGGUUUCGUAACCGUCGCUCCUCCUCGCCGACUCGCGGGCUGCGAGGCCUGGGUCGGGUCGGGCCGCGCCGCUCGGGGCCGCUCGGAGUGGAGGCCGCCUGGGGGGCGGGCGGGCCGGCCGGAGGCGCAGGUACAUGUGAAGAUAUUUUGGCAGUUGAGUGUGACCUCUGCUGAUCACAUUGCUCUGAUUUCUACCUGUUCUGUGUUGGCAAAGGAACACGCCCAAAUGAGCAAGCUGCCGCAGCCAGCCACUACUCCAGGAGUGAACGGAAUAAGUGUCAUUCAUACUCAGGCACAUGCCAGUGGCUUACAGCAGGUUCCUCAGCUGGUGCCCGCCGGGCCUGGGGGAGGAGGCAAAGCUGUGCCUCCAAGCAAGCAAAGCAAAAAGAGUUCACCCAUGGAUCGCAAUAGUGACGAGUAUCGCCAGCGCAGAGAGCGGAACAAUAUGGCCGUGAAAAAGAGCCGAUUAAAAAGCAAGCAGAAGGCUCAAGACACACUGCAGAGAGUGAACCAGCUCAAGGAAGAGAAUGAACGGUUGGAAGCCAAAAUUAAGUUGCUGACAAAGGAAUUAAGUGUACUGAAAGAUUUGUUUCUUGAGCACGCACACAACCUCGCAGACAACGUGCAGCCCAUCAGCACUGAAACUACGACAAAUUCUGAGAACACGGGGCAGUAGAUCUCCUUCCAGACAGCGCAGCUUUGUGGCUUGAACCUGAGAGGUGUGACCACCCUGCGCAGACCACUUGGUUCAAUGGCUGAGCAUGGUCCUGUUCCAUGGAGGUUAUUUUCUAGGCUCAGCUCUGAACAGUUGAUUAGCCAUGUAGUUUAUCUGGUCUUAAAUGAUAAUGGAUUUUUGAAGCACUAAAAGAAAACUUGGGGUUUAUGGUUAAAACAGAAUUCCUGGACCUUAAUAUUCUUAAUAAAUCCUGACUUCCCCAGAAAUGCUUCUUUUCUAGGAAUGGGAAAAUGGAAGGUCAUAUAGAAGGUUUUGGGUUUUAAUGAGACAAUACCUUGGAUUAAGAAAAGCUGGAUUCCAUCUGUGUUCCUUAACUUGUGAUUUUAGUCUAAAUUGUGUAUUGUAAAUUCUAGGGCUUCAGAAACCAAUCAUCAUAAUUUGGCCCCAUUUUAUAGUUAGUAUAAACCUGUGUUAGCAUAAUUGGCAUUGUUUUUCCCAACAAGUACAUAUUUUUUAAAAAUAACUUCAGGCAAAGUAAAGAAACCCCAUUCAGGUCACACCAAAGAGGUGGUUAAAAAUACAAAUUACAGUUAGGAAGGAAAGAAGUGUUGUUUUUUCCUCCCUUGUUUGUUUUAAAGGGCAUGGAGAGAUUGGUCUACUGGAUUAGCAUUCUCAUGUGUCCUUCAAAACCAGCAUCUACUAUGUGCUGACAUUUUAGUGUCUGUGGGUGCUAGUAAAGGGAGCGUUUGUUUUGGGGGGAGAAACCAUUUUUUGACAGCCAAGUUAGUAAAUAAAAUGCCUUGGCUUGAUGAUACAGACCAUGAUUUAGAAUACUAAUUUAUGCUGGGCAUGGUGGCACAAGCUUUAGUCUGAGCACUCGGGAGGCAGAGGCAGGAAGAACUCUUGAGUUUAAGGCCAGCCUGGGCUACAGAGUGAGUUCCAGGAUAGCCAGGACUACAGAGAAACCCUGUCUCAAAAACAAAAGCAACAACAACAAAAAAAAAAACAAA